AUGUCAAGGAAAAAGGACGUCCAAAUUCAAAUUGAAAUAUCUUCUGAAGAACAAUGGGAGGAAGCAUUGUCAGGCCCAGGACUUCUUGUAAUAGAAGUCUACCAGAGAUGGUGUGGGCCAUGCAAGGCUGUGCAGAACAUCUUCAGAAAAUUGAGGAGUGAAUAUGGAGAUGAACUGUUGCGCUUCGCUAUGGGGGAGGCCAACAGUUUACUUGAGUUAAGUUCACUUAAAGGGAAAUGUCAACCAGUCUUCCUUUUCUACUCUGGUGGUACAUUGGUGUCAAUAGUAAGAGGAGUCAAUGGACCUCUUCUACAAAAAACUAUGUUGGAACUGGUGGAUCAAGAGAAGAAGAAGCAAGAACUGGGCUCAAAAUAUGUACCUGAAGUAAGAGAUCAUGGUACAUACCAUGUGGUCAUCAUAAAGCCAGAUGCUGUAGUAGGAGGUCAAGUGGAAGGAAUCAUACAAAAACCAGCGUUUGUGAAGGCAAUGUCUAGUGGGCCUGUCCACGCCUUGAUUCUGUCUAAGGGAGACGAGGUGGGUGAAGGAGAGUCUCAUUCAUUGACAGCCAUCAUAGAUCCUGAACACGCUGAGCUCAUCCAACCAAAGAAAAGGUCAAAGGUUGUACAGGAGGUGGAUCUGGGCAUGUCAGAAAGCAGUACUGAGGUGGCUAGCAGGCAACUGGCAUACUUCUUCCCCACCUUUGAUUUUUCUUUAGAGACGCAUGCUGGAUCCAAUGCAAGGAUUGAAAAGACUCUUGCUCUUAUUCGUCCAAGUCUUCUCAGGGAGAAAAAAGAUGAGAUCUUGAAGACGAUCCAUGACUCUGGCUUCCAGAUAGCAAUGCAGAGGGAGGUAACCCUCACUGAGGACCAGGCCAAAGAGUUCUACAAGGAGCAUGAGGGCACUGACUUUUUCCCAUGUCUAAUUAACCAUAUGACCAGUGGCCCCGUGUUGGCUUUGGCUUUGACUCGAGAUGAUGCAAUCCAACACUGGAGAGGUUUACUGGGUCCAAAAGUCUUGGAUGAGGCCAAAGAAAGAUUCCCUGAAAGUCUGCGAGCCCAGUUUGCAAUCGACAAUGUGACCAUCAACCAGAUUCAUGGCAGCUCUACUCCCGAGGAGGCUCAGAGAGAUCUCAACCGCUUUUUCCCCACAGAGCACACACUGGCCGUGAUCAAACCUGACUCAACACAAGAACACAAAGAUACCAUUAUGAAUCAAAUUAAAGAGGCUGGGUUUAGUAUUUCACAAGUGAAAGAAACCAAACUGACACGAGAGAUGGCAGAGGAGUUCUACAAAGAUCACAAAGGGAAGGACUUCUUUAAUAACCUGGUUGACUACAUGUCACAAGGUCCAUCUAUCAUGAUGAUCCUGAGCAAAGAAAACGCUAUCGCAGAAUGGAGAGAGAUGAUGGGGCCUGCCGAUCCUGAACAGGCCAUGCAAGUCAAACCCGACUCUCUACGUGCACAGUUUGCCAAAAGCAUCUUGGAGAACGCCGUGCACGGCUCGUCCAAUGUCCAGCACGCCAUGGACAAUAUCAAGUUCAUUUUUGGGGAUAUACCGUCAUAAACACUGGAAAACCGAUAAGCCCACACAUAGGUUUAAUAAUGCCUACAUGUGAGUAGACUUGAAGAUUGUAUUGAAUGGGGAGUUGGAGGGAACCUACUGUA